CUAUGAAUGGCAGAGUAAGAAUUUAUAAAGAACACAUCGAGACGCGAUAAACGAAGGAGAAAAUCGAAUCAUUCUGUGGAAAGAAGUGAAGGAAAAUUCCCUGUCCUCUUCCUAUCCAUCAUUCCUUGAUAGGACGGGGAAGACAAUACCCAUAGCGGAUACCCCAUCCCCCUAUCGGCCCACCCACCCCAACGUCUGGCUCUGGAUUGCACGGGGUAUAGAGGCAGAGGCAGAGGCGGGGCCAGCAUCUCGCAGGGUAGUUUUCGUUUAGUUUCUCCCAGCGAGUGUUGUGGAUGCCUGUAGACGCCGUAGCUCGGGGUACCUACUCGUGCUUCUCUGGAGAAGCGUUCCAUUGAAUUUGUGAAAGUCCCUCGCUUCGUUAGGGAGGACAUUCAAGUAAUGCUGCCCAAGUGAAAUCGCAGUGAUGGUACGGUGCGACCGAACAAUCGCGGACAUGCCAGCAAGUGCAGUGUGGUGAAUGAAGGACGGAACUGCGUCUUUGAAUUACGAAGGACAAGUGCGGGGGAAGAAGGGUGCACUGAACAGACGUUUGUGUGAGAGAUACAGAGACUCGUCACAGAGACAGACAAUAAUGAGGGACGUCACACUGGUGACAUUAAUGCUGGCUGCCGUGACGGCCACAGCGUGGGGUCACGGCGGCAGAAGCAGCCAUGCCAGGGGCGUGGGCGUGUGGAUGGACGACGGCAAUGGGAAGACGGUGCUGGCCGACCGCCUCGAUUCCGAAGAAGCCGCAGAGCUCGCCCGUGACAUGCUAGAUCUGCUGAAGUUGCCCGCGCCCCCGGCUCUCAUAGGGCGGCACCAUCGCCACAGCAAGGAACACCAUUCCCACGCGUCGGCGCCCAAGUGGUUGAGGAGGGUCUACGAUAACCUGGACGAGCAUGGACAGGCCACCUCGGCCCUCAUGGACGACGUUCACCGAAAGACUGUCACUGCUGCUGAUACGAUCAUCACUUUUGUCAACAGAGAUCCUCCAACGGGAAGGCCCUCGAAAGGAUCAAACAAGAGGCUGUACUUCGACGUGAGUGACGUCCCCCUCGACCACACACUUCUCGGGGCAGAAAUCCAGGUCUUUCGACACCAAGGUUACCACCUGGAGGAGCUCAUCCUGCACAUCUACAUGGUCACUGAUGAUAUCGGGACGGAGCAAGAAGUGGCAGAAGUGACACUGCCAGAGCACGGAUGGGUCAACAUCAACGUGACGACACCUGUCCUCUCUUGGCUCAUCUUCCCGGAGACCAAUCAUGGCCUCCGACUUUCGGUCACCCUCCCUGGACAAAGACACGAACGACAGUUCCAUGAAGUGGGCAUCACAGGUGCCCAUGACGAAGAGGAAUUCCGACCAUUUAUGGUCGGUUUCUUUGCCCUGCCAGGAUCCCACACUACCAAGUCUCACAUUCGCACGCCAAGAUCGGUUGUUACCAGAAGCAAAGCAAGAAAUUACAGAGCAGAUCUAGCAGAUAACAAGGUGGGAUCAGACACACUGUGCCGGAUGAAGAACCUCCGUGUGUCAUUCAGUGAUCUGGGCUGGGAAGACUGGGUCAUUGCUCCAGAAGGCUAUGAUGCCAACUACUGUGAGGGGCACUGCCUCUUUCCUCUUCAUGCUGACAUGAAUGCUACUAACCAUGCCCUUGUCCAAACACUGGUCAAGGUCAUUGACGGGGUCACAGAUGACCAUGAAGUGCCACCUAAUGCAUGCUGUGCUCCUAUAGACCUGACAACCAUACCUGUCCUCUACUAUUCCUAUGACAACAAUGUUGUGCUCAAAAAGUAUCCAAAUAUGAUAGUGAAGACGUGUGGAUGUCACUGAAAUAUAGUAGGAAAGAUAGAUAUAAAAGUUCAAGUAUAAGAUUAUUGCUUCAGCUCAUAUCUAUGAUAUCGUAUUUUAAGAUAAAUAAUGAUUACCUAUCUAUCUAUAUACAUGUGUAAUGAUCACAGUUUGUGUUAUGAAUCUUACUAAUGUAUUAUGUAUUUAUAUUCCAGUCAAGUUUCCACUAGUGAUUAUAGCCAGUGUACUAUCUUUUAAUACUUAAUUCAGUGCUAGCUGAACUCUAACAAACCCACAGGCAUAAAGUUAUGCAGUGUAUGCUUUUCUCUAAAACAGACUUAGUAUUAUGCUCAAAACUUAAGCUUUAUUUUCAGCAAGGCUUUCCUACAACCUUCUUCAGACUUAAAAAUCCUAGAAUCAGUCCAUUUAAACUACAGUACUUUCCAAUAUAAUUCCUAUAUAAUGCUACACCCAAGUCACUAUUUUAAACUUUGGCUAUUCGAAAGAGAGAGAGCAUAUCCAUAACAAAUACCUGCACCAUAGUCUUUAUGUAUAAAGAUCAAAUAACAACUUACUUUCCACAAUGUACUGCACUUGACAGCUUCAUAACAUUGCUAAUCAUUUCAUUUCUACUCUGAUGUCAUCAAGUAUAAAAAUGAACCCCAGCAGGGUGGAGUCUAACAUGCCUCAGACACCAAUCUAAUUACUGCAUUAAUUCAUAUGGGAUUAGUAUACAUUUCAAAUAUAGAUAUGAUUUUACUGUGACUUAAAAAUAUAUAAAAUAAAGUUA